CAGGGCGUGCGCAUCCUACACUUGACUUCUUGAACCACUUGGACUUCCUCGCUCGAAGAAGAAUACUAGAGCAGCUCUGUCAACGUGAUGUCAUAUCGCUGAGAGCAACGAGCCGGGCGGGCAAGCAGUUCUGCGAGCAAAGCGCUCCGCACCCAUUGUACGCAACCUGGUUUGCGCCCACGCCUAGCCACAUGGCGAGUCUGCUCGACUGUGCGAGUAAGCUCAGACGAUGCGAAGCGAUGGCGGUCAGUGUAAUCGGGGGAUCUGCGGUGGCGGGCGCGGCACUUACGGACGCGCUGGUCCACGAGGCUGCCACCGACCGAGCCCCGCUGGAGCAUAUGCAACACCUCGUCCUCCACUUUGACGCAUCUGCCAGCCCGAGGGUGGUAGCCGAGCUACGCAAUGCACCGCACCGGCCGCCGGCAGCCCACACCCCACAGCGCGAAGCGGGCCCGCCCAAAGGGCCCUGGCGUGUUGGCGGCGCCGAGGAUUGGCCGUUUGCGGCGUAUACGCUCUUCGCCGCGUCGUAUCGCAGCGGCGGCAGCGGCAUAGGCCCGCCGCUGGCGCCGGCACUGCUGUCGGCGGAGCUGGCGGCGGCCGUGGCCCGCCUGUUCCCCCGGCUGCAGUCACUAGAGCUGCACGGGCACUGGGGCCUAGCCGCGCCGCUGGCGCACACGGACGCCGCACACGGGGUGUAUGCACACGCGGAUGUCGCAGACACUACACCAGCACCGGAUGUCGCAGACACUACACACGCGCCGCUGCCACCAGUGCUACAAGCACAACCAUCAGCAGCAGCAGGACGGUCACCGCAGCCGCCGCCACCGCCGCCGCUGGCGCUGCUGGCUGCAGGGCUGCCGCGGCUGCGGCAACUGGCGCUGCCCGCCUCCCUGUGCGACUCGCCGGAUGCGGUGGAGGCCUCGGGCCUGUCGAGGCUGGGGCUUGCAGCCGCACAAGAUCCUGGCAGUGGCAGCGGCGCUGGCAGCGCCAGUAGCAGCACCGGCAGUAGCCCCUGUCAGCUUGAGGAAUUGGUGGUGGUGUCGGACCCGACGCAGCAGGUGCAACGCACCCGGCUGGGCUGGGCGGCGGCGCUGGUGACAGCGCUGCCGCGGCUGCGGCGGCUGGCGCUGAUCGGCGGCUGUAGCCGACUGGAGCAGUUGCUGCUACUGCCGCGGCCGGGCCCUUCAGGUGUGAGGCUGGAGGAGCUGUGCCUGGAGCAACACCUGGCCUUCACUCCAGAGCCGCUGAAGGUGUCGGAUCUGGUUCUUGACCUGCGCGCCGGCCGGCUGGCUCUGGCCUGCACGCCCCUCAACACCGCCCGCCUGGUGCCGCUGAUGAGGCUAGCGGAGCGGGCAGCGGCGGCGGCGGCGGCUGGGUUUGUUGAUCUGGAUGCCACCGUCGCAGCGGAUGACGCCGUGGCGGCUGGAGGAGUUGGUGCCGUGCGCGGUGGAGGCGGCAAUGGAGGCGACGGCGGGGUGGGGCGGAGAGGGCAGGGGGCCGGGGCUUGCUGGCGUGGGCGGCUGCGGUCCGUGUCACUGGACGUGUUGGUCCUCAACCGGGCGCCACGUGAUGAGGAGUGGGCCUACCUGGAGGCCUGGGCGGCGGCGCAGGUGCCGGCGGCGGCGGAGGCAGCGCUGGCGGCGGGGUGGCGUACAGGGCGGGGCGGCGGCGGUAGGGGUGGGGGCGGUGGGGGUGCAGGCCUGGAGGCGGCGUGUGGUGCGGAGCCAGGAGGCCUAGCGGUGGGCUGCGUUGUGGCGACCUACCCGGAGUGCGGGGGCGGUGCAGCUGCAGAGGGCGCUGCUACGGCCACUGCCGUGGCCGCUGCUGCAGAGGGCGGCGCACGCGGCGAGCCGCCGCCGCCGCCGCUGCUGCCGCCGGGCCCGCUGCAACGCGUGCUGCGGCUGUGCGCCCGCGGCUCCGUACGGCGGUUGGUCCUGCGUGUGCCCUGGGAGGUGGAGCCGGCGGGGCAGACGGAGGACGAGGCCCGGGCGGGUCUGCAGCGGCGUGCAGGCCUGGGGCGUGGGUCCGCUGCUGGCGGUGGAGGAGCAGGCCUGGGCGGCGCGGGGGCACUGGCUGUGGCCGGUAGAGGGAAGGUUGAGGCGUUGGUGCGAGCGGCGGUGGCGGAGCUGUCCGCGUUGGCGAAAGAGGGCUGGACGCUGCCCGAUGAGCUGACAGUUGAGCUCAUACUUCUACGGGCCGACGACGUGAGCGAUGAGGAUUUUGAGGAUGCGGAGGGGACAGCGCGCGAAGAAGCGCUGCACUUGGUGGAGCGGGAGCUGGAACGUGCGGGCGUGGCAGGCACGAUAGCCGUGACGGUGGACUGGCUGAGCAUUGACACAAUUGUCAAGUGGUGUUCUAGUCAGGGGGGGCGUUAGAAAGCUCAGGUCCUUGCCAAAGUUGGGGGGUCGGUUGUCGUCCCUGGGGGUCCGCCGGGUUUCGGGAGCCCAUCCUGGCGGAUUUCGGGCAGCGCCCUACAAGCAGUGUUUCGGGAGGUGGGCGUAAGUGCCCACGUGGGCACUGGAAAAAUAAGUCGGGCCCAGAGGGCGGGCACCGGAAAUUAAAUGCAUGGAGCCCCAGUGCCCGGUGGGCACUAUACAAAAUACUUCACUGACCCCUUAAGUG